AGUUGAGAGUUAUGCAUACUGUCAUGACAUCAACUUGGAGUAAGAAUUGCAGUCUAACUAUGAUGCCAUCUAACUAACUAACAGGGAGCAAGGAGUAGACUUCUACCAAAUUUCUCAACAAUUUUAGUAUCCAGUGAUCAGCCAGCAAGUAACUGGACCUUGGAGCACUUCAACAACUUAAAUUGCGAGAGCCAGCAUCACCUUCAUCAACCAAACAAGUAAACAUAAUGGAACACAGCAGUUCGAGUUUGGUUGACUCAACGCUGAUCUCGUCUCAGCGUCUCUCACUCGUUGAGUUCCUCAUUCAAUCUGCUGAACACCUCCAAGUUGCUCCGGUUGUUAAGUACUCUGCAUUAUCCCUCUUCGCGGAUCGCUUCCUUCCUUCUCUACCACGUUUCAAAAUAGAUGCUCAGAAUUCAAAUAACUGGCUAUUGAAGCCCCUCACUGAGAGUGCAUUGCACCUAUUUGCGGUUAUUUCUCUCUGGAUUUCAACCAAAAUGCAUGAUUCGAGGCCGCUCUCCGUUACAUGCUUGAGGUCUUUGGCUAACAAAUCCAUCAGCGAACAACACUUCACCACUCGAAAUUUCUUGGAAGCAGAGGUGCUCUUUAUGCAGGUGUUGAAUUUUGAGAUUGGCACAACAAAUAUUGCGUUUUUGUUCCUUCAAGAGCUUUGGAUUCAGAUAAAGGGAGUGGCAAAGGCUGGUGAGCUGAUUAACUUUGAAGCUUGCAUGGAGAUCAUGGAUCUGCUCUAUGAAAAGGAAGAGACAUCACUACUUUGUACUUACAGCUGUCCGCCUCACUCUCUUGCUGCAUCAAUCUUGGUUGUGACAUAUGUAAUGACAGUCCCUCAACACAAAUGGGAGUUUCCAAUUCUUCCAUGGGCCAAGUUUGUGACCUCGUGUAAGGAAGAGGAUAUCAUCAAAAUGGCCACUCUGAUCCUCAGACAUGUACUGGAACCUUCUUGAGUUCAUUCUGAUAGAUUAACGCCUCUGGAAUUUGGAUUGUCUUUUGAACUUGUUUUUCGCAACUCACAAGAGGAUAUUUACCAGUGCACUCUGAUGAAUGUGGUUUCUGAGCUUGCUUAUAUGUACAUAUUAUCAGACAUAAAAGAUUCAACUCUGAUUG